UGUAAACGCUCUACUUGUAUAUAAUAGAUACCUAAUAUUCACCUUCCCCUCCACACAUUCUAGUUUAGAAGAAGAGAAAGUUAAAGUUGGAAAUUAAGCUCUUCUUUCUGUUAAAAGGUGCAGAGAUUAAGAAGAAAAGAAAAUGGCUGUCCAGGACAAAAGCGAGACAGCUAACAGCAGCAGCAAGAAAAAGUUUCAGAAAAGCUACUUCGAUGUGUUAGGGCUUUGCUGCUCUUCAGAAGUUACUUUGAUUGAGAAUAUCCUCAAUUCUCUUGAUGGUGUUAAGGAGUUCUCAGUCUUUGUCCCAACAAAAACAGUGGUGGUUGUCCAUGAUGAUCUCCUUAUUUCUCAGCUUCAAAUUGUUAAGGCCCUGAACCAAGCAAAGUUAGAAGCAAAUGUUAGAAUGAAUGGAAAUGCAAGUUACCAGAAGAAAUGGCCAAGCCCAUUUGCUACGGCUAGUGGUGUAUUGCUUUUGGUGUCUUUGUUGAAGUUUGUGUAUUAUCCUCUUCACUGGGUGGCCCUGGGAGCUGUGGCCAUUGGAAUCCCACCAAUCUUCUUGAAAGCCAUUGCUUCCAUCAGGAAUUUUAGGCUUGGUACAGACAUUCUGGCUCUCAUUGCAGUGGCGGGGACAAUCGCUCUCAAUGAUUAUAUUGAAGCAGCAACCGUUGUCUUCCUGUUUACCAUUGCACAAUGGCUUGAGUCAAGGGCAAGCCACAAGGCUAAUGCGACGAUGUCAUCAUUGAUGAGAUUAGCUCCACAGAAAGCAGUCAUAGCUGAAACUGGUGAAGAAGUGAAUGUUGAUGACGUAAAAUUAAGCACUAUUCUCGCAGUUAAGGCUGGAGAGAUUAUACCCAUCGAUGGAAUAGUUGUAGAUGGCAAUUGCGAAGUAGAUGAGAAGACCUUAACCGGAGAAUCAUUCCCAGUUCCCAAACAACAGGAUUCUACUGUAUGGGCUGGCACUAUCAACCUUAAUGGUUACAUCAGUGUUAAAACGAUUGCUCUAGCUGAAGAUUGUGCGGUAGCUAAAAUGACAAAGCUUGUGGAAGAAGCUCAAAACAGCAAGUCUAAAACUCAAAGAUUCAUUGACAAAAUUGCUCAAUAUUAUACUCCAGUGGUCAUAAUCAUAUCAAUUAGCUUUGCAGUUGUUCCCCUGGCAUUAAGAGUUCAUAACCGUAAUCACUGGUUUCACUUGGCAUUGGUGGUCUUAGUAAGUGCAUGCCCAUGUGGUCUUAUCCUCUCCACACCUGUUGCAACUUUCUGUGCACUUACGAAGGCUGCAACAUCUGGUGUUGUGAUCAAAGGCGGAGACUAUCUCGAAACACUUGCCAAGAUCAAGAUAAUGGCUUUUGACAAGACUGGAACUAUCACAAGAGGUGAAUUCCUUGUCGCGGAUUUUCAAUCUCUCUGUGAAGAUGUGAGCAUUGAUACAUUGCUUUAUUGGGUAUCAAGCAUUGAGAGCAAGUCAAGUCAUCCUAUGGCAGCUGCCCUUGUCGACUAUGGAAGGAGUCUUUCGAUAGAGCCAAACCCUGAGAAUGUGGUGGAUUUUCAGAAUUUUCCUGGCGAAGGCAUCCAAGGAAAGAUUGAUGGGAAAGAAAUUUACAUUGGAAAUAGAAAGAUUGCCCUCAGAGCGGGAUGUGGAACGGUUCCAAUGCCAGAAGAUGGGGAUAUGAAGAGAGGGAAAACCAUUGGAUAUGUGUACUUUGGAGCAACUCCCGCAGGAAUUUUCAGCCUCUCUGAUGCCUGUAGGACUGGUGUUGCAGAGGCGAUCGCAGAGCUAAAGUCAUAUGGAAUUAAAACUGCUAUGCUAACAGGAGAUAGUCAAGCAGCAGCAAUGCACGCUCAAGAACAGCUAGAACAUGCAAUUGAAGCAGUCCAUGCAGAACUCCUACCUGAAGACAAGGCUAGGAUUUUGGAAACAUUUAAGAAGGAAGGACCAACAGCAAUGAUUGGAGAUGGACUAAAUGAUGCCCCUGCAUUGGCUACAGCUGAUAUUGGUAUCUCAAUGGGAAUUUCAGGUUCAGCACUUGCAACUGAGACAGGACAUGUCAUUCUUAUGUCCAAUGACAUCAGAAAAGUACCCAAAGCGAUCCAGCUUGCAAGAAAGUCUCAUAGGAAAGUAAUUGAGAAUGUCAUUCUCUCAAUAUCUAUCAAGUCUGCGAUCCUUGCCUUGGCUUUUGCUGGUCACCCUCUUGUUUGGGCUGCUGUCCUUGCCGAUGUCGGCACCUGUCUGCUAGUGAUCUUUAACAGCAUGUUGCUUUUACGGGAAACCCACAAGCGUGGAGAAAAAUGCCGCAAAAUAUCAGCUGCAGAAAAUAUUGAGAAAUGUGAUAAUAGAGAUUCAUGUCAUUAUUACGAGCCUUGCUGCUCUAACCAAAAGGUUGCAAAAAUGUGUAAACCUCAAGACUUGCAAAUCUGUGCUUCAAUGUGUGAGUCGAAUGAUGCAAAUAAGAAAUUAUCAUGUGGGAAUAAUAAGUGCUUAGACUCAGCUGAAGGGCUGCAGAAUGAAAUGAAGGAUUGUGGUAAUGGAAGUUGCAGCGUAGUCGACUUAGAGGAGAACAAUCCACACAAACAUGCUUGUUCAAGCUCUCACAAUUUGAGCACGAGUGUGAGACAGAGAUGCAAAAGUUCAGCAAAAAUGCAAGGCAAGUAUAUAGGAGGCGAUGGAUCGCAGAAGGGAAAGCACUCUCACCAUUGGCAUUGUGAUCAAGUAACUCAACAUUGUACCUCUAACGAUUCAAAACAUUCUACUGAGAUAGAAGAAGGAAUCAACAAUGGUCAUUGCUACUCCAACCACUGUCAAGAUUAUUUAGAAAACACUGUUGAAUCGAGCUUCAAUCAUGGGCCUCAAAAUCUCAAUCCCGUUAUCAUGAAUUGUUGCAGCCACAAGAACCUUCGUUGCUCUAGCAAUGACAUUCAUGCUUGCAUGAGCUUGGAGAAUAAGGAAAAUGGGCGUUGUUGCGAGAGUUACAUGAAGGGGUAUUGUGGUAACCAUGGACAAUUUGCAACUGGGGUUGGUGGAGGAAUGCUAGAAAUCGUCACUACAUAGAAUAUAUAUAUAUAUAUAUAU